GACAGUGACAAGGACCAGAUGGCAGAAAUUAGAAUCCAUUAUGCACGCAGCACACGUCGAGGAAGAAAUCCGAGGGAGCUGAAUGGAAAUACCUGGCCUAGUCGCUAGCGCAAGGAAGCCUACGGCAAGAUCGUUCACAUUUUGGCAGGGCAGCCCUUCCUUCUUUGAACACUGUAGCUCAGCGUAGUGUAUGGUGAGUCCGAGCACCAGCUGUUCCAUGGAGAGGACUUCUUGGACAGCCCAUAGCCUUGAAUUGAGCUGCCUUGCAGGUGAACUGAGCACUAGUGGGCUUUUUUGACAGAAGCUUGCUUCUGCAGAAUUCAGGAUGGCCCUGUCUAUGAAGCCCCUUGUCUUCUUCCUUCUACUCGCUGCUCUGACCAUCAGCACAUUGGCUGCCGACAAUUCCACACAAAGUUCAGGCAACAGUACUGAGGGAAAUGACCCCGAACUGUCUGGCGCCACCUCAGAGCUCCCCACGGAUAUUGCGGCCACAGGCGCCUGCGCUGCUGACCUCAAAGCCUUCUGCAAGGGAGUCAAGCCGGGGGACUCCAACCUGGCUGACUGCAUAAGCAACCAGCUGAAGCUAGAGAAGGCGGCUGUCGAGGAUACCGGGGCCAAAGUUUCUGAAGACUGCAAGAAGGAGCUCCAGACAUUUAAGAUUGCCCGGGCGGGUGACAUUACGGUGGAUGUGAAGCUUGCCAAGGCCUGCAAGUCGGAGAUCCAGAGCUUGUGUAGCGACCAGUUUCUUCACCCAAGGCCAGCAAACGUCAUCGACUGUCUAAAGGAAGAAAAAGACAACACCGGUCCCACCUGUAAGGAGCAGAUUACUCGGAUCGAGUUGGAUGCUGCCUUCGACUUCGAGCUGGACAGGACGAUGUUUGCGUUGUGCAAGUACGACGCCGAACAGUACUGCGCUGGAGUCGAGAACAAGGACGGGGCGAUUCAGGAGUGCCUGAGGGCGCAUGAGGUGGCUCUAAGUUGGGACUGCCAGGCCGAGCUCUUCCGGGUCGAGGAGCAAAACGCAGACGACAUCCGGUUGGACCUCCGUUUGGUGAAAGCGUGCCGCACCGACAAGGCCCGGUUCUGUGCUGACGUGGAACCCGGCGACUCGCGGGUCAAGGACUGCUUGGAGGAGCACCGAUCGGACCACGACUUCUCCGCCACCUGCACGGAAGAGUUCGACCGGAUGCUCGCGCGGCGCUCGCAGGACUUCCGCCUGGACCCGCGUAUGAGGCGCUACUGCAAGGACGACAUCCAGACGUUGUGCGAUAGUCGGCUGGAAGACCUCGAAGACGUGGCGUCGGACGACGCGGGCAUCACGCAGUGCCUGCAGGACUACCGCGACGAGCUGCACGACCCCAAGUGCCGCGCGCAGGUGCACGCCGUCUCCGAGCGCGCUGCCGAGGACAUCCGCUUCGACCGACCGCUUGCGGUGCUCUGCAAACAGGAUCGCCAGACGCUGUGCAAGGAAUUCCCCGACGGCAACGGCCUGGUCUUCAGGUGCCUCCAGGACAACCGGGAGCAGCUGCGGCCCGAGUGCCGCAACGCCGUCUUCGACCAGGAGGUCCGCAUCUCUGAGGAUAUCGACUUCAUGGCUCCGCUGAGGGAUGCUUGCGCAGAGGAACGGCUCGUCUUCUGCAAGGGCGUUUGGCACGGGCACGGCAACAUGAUCCGCUGUUUGGAGGACAAUUUGGACGAGGCCGACUUUGGCAGCGCGUGCCGCAAGGUGGUCGAGCGGAACCAGCUCCGGCAGGGGGACGACUACCGCCUCAACUACCGCCUGCACAAGGCGUGCGUGAACGAGGUCAACCGGCUCGACUGCGUGCGCGCGUGCAACGAGCUCGCGACGGGGGGUCCGAUCACGUGCCAUGGGACCGUGCUGCGCUGCCUGCAGGACAAGUUCGACGAGAUCACGAGCGACGAGUGCCGCGAGGAGGUGUUCGCGUUCGAGGAGAUGGAGGUGCGCGACUUCCGCACCGACCUGCCCUUCGCGCAGGCUUGCAGCAACGACAUCCGGACGUUCUGCGGGAGCGCGCGCCCAGACCACAACGGCCAGCUGGCGUGCCUGCGCACGCACCGCGACCGGCUGAGCGACGCGUGCCGCAAGGAGGAGCUCAAGUUCAGCAUCAUGGAGGCGUCCGACCUGCGGCUCAUCCCCGCGCUCACGCACGCGUGCUCCGCUGAGCUGCACGGCUACUGCCGCAAGUCGAGCCCCGAGAACGGCGAGGCGUUUGCGUGCCUGCAGCAGAACGUGGCGCGCGUCGAGUUCAGUGUGGCCUGCAAGGAGGAGGUGAACAAGCAGGAGGAGCGCCAGGCGUCCGACUACCGCCUCGACGUGCGCCUGCGCAAGGAGUGCGACGAGGACGUCCGCAACGUGUGCGCGCACGUCGACCCGUCCGCGGAGUACCACGCUGAGGUCCUCAAGUGCCUCAUCGCCAACUCCGCCGCGCUGUCCGGCGAGUGCGCGUCCGAGGUCGCGUACGCGGUCCGCAUGGCCCUCUUUCAGUACAAGGAGAACUCCGACCUCACCGCCGUGUGCGACGCUGACGUCGGCCGCUACUGCAAGGGCGAGGAAGCCAAAGGCUUGGGCGGCUUCGUGAUUGGUGUCUACGGGCAGUGCCUCACUGACGUGUACACCAAGAAGCGGAGCAUGAACGCCGGUUGCGCGGAGCUCGUGCGGCUCGCGAGCACGACGCCGGAGUUUCUGAACGCGGCGCCCGGGGCGGGGGCCGGGGAGGAGACGUCGGCAAACGUGGAGGCGCUGGGGCGUCUGGUGGCGAGCCUGCAGGCGCAGCUGGCCGCUGGACGGGACUCGCUGAACGGGUUGACUCUACAAGGGCCCGUUGCUUACCUUUCCAUUGCUGCUCUAGUCGUUGUUGCUCUGGGUAUAUGUUUCGUUGUGUACAGAAGAUACAAAAAUCCACGGCGGCCGUAUAGGUUGAUCAUGAAGGAACCUGAGGUCUAGAAAAUCAGUCAACGGAUCUGGGACUUGGUGUAAGUUAUAUAUAUUAGGUAGCCACAAUGAGUGCGAAGAUCGACAUAUAAGUAUCACAAAUCAGUAUUAUGCUCGUGACAAGGAGGAAAACGAUGGCUUCACAAACCAGAUUGUCCUAUCUUUAACUUCAAGUUUAAGCUCGGCCGAAGCUGAAACGGAUAUUGUAAAAUGAAAUUCCAUU